AUGAGCGAUAUUUGUAUGUUUGCUGCUUCUUUGCCAGAUGAGCUAAUGGACAACGAGACCUUCGUUUGCGGCACCGACGUCGGGUUUGGUCUGCUGGAGGAGCCAUUGCUUGCGACUAAGUUCUCACCAAGUCAUCAGUCAGACAGUGGUUGUUCAGACCUGUUCGACGAAAUGGAGGAUAGGUCAGUAUCGCCAACAAGUGGUAUUGAUAUAUUUGAAGGAGGACCAGGGCAAAGUCCAGUGAAUCUGUUUGAUUUUGAUUUCAAUGAGAAUGAAUUUGAGAGCAUUAUAAGAACUGAUCAGGAAAACAUUGUUGACAGUAACAUUGCCAUCACUUUGGCUCAAAAUAAGGCACCAGUUGUUAGAGCUAGUAUGCUUAAUCUUGCUAGAAGUGAAGCAAGCAGUCCAGAAAUUAAUGUUGAAGAUGACGACUCGAGUGACCCAUCAUUCGUUCCAUAUCAGAGGGUUGUUCAAUCUAAGGCGAUCGUUUCUAAGAUUAUUCCACAGGUUGUUCCAAAAGCAGAUGUUAUUCAAACUCCGGCAGCUGUGCAGAGGCAGAGCACAGAAAUUCUUCGAUUGCCAGCAACAUCGACAGUGAAAGCUCAGGGUGUUGUAGAAAAGCCUGUCCCUGCAAUCAAGGUAGUAAAGGUUAUAAAAACUGGCGCCACAACACAUCAACAAGUCGAGAAUGAACUUUUUCAUGCACUUGAUGAAAGGAAUAAGAAAAAUGCUGUUCAGGCGAAGAUAAAUAGAGAAAGGAAAAAGGCUUACAUUAAAACUCUUGAAGAUGAAAUUGAAGAGUUGAAAGCUGAAAAUGCUGCGAUAAAGGCAGAAAAAGAAAAAGAUGAAACAGAAAAACUUGCAUACAAGGAAGAAGUUGAAUACUUGAAGAGCGUACUUGCAAAUCAGAGUGCCAUUUCCAGGCUUCUAAACAAUAUUGAUGAAGCUGAGCUGAUGUGGGCCGUCUCAGAGUGGUGUGGCUUGCGUCACAUAAUUCCACACUGAUGGAGGGUCGUUGAACAUUGACCUGAGCCUGGGGGUGUAACUCGCCGAGUUCACUCAUAUGAUUAAUUCGAAACGAGUCCUUAUUGGGUUCAAGUCGGCUGGGAGUUGGAGGAGUGGGAAUAGUAAAGUCAGCAAGGGGUAGUAUUAGGUGAAAAGGGUGGAGUACAGAAAUAAUGGCUGUAUCACAACCUAUUGAAAUCUGAUGUUAUAAUUUGAUAACUUAAAAAAAUAAUUGUUAACAAAUUUGAUAACAUAAUAUGUUCAAUUUGAUUUCAAGGUCGUUGUAUUUCCACUUGAGAUGUAUUAUAUGUCCAAUGUUUUACUUAGAUGGCAAAAUGUGCUACAUUGAAUACUGGUAUGAUGUCUGUUUAUGAAAAUCAUUAUGAAUGCACUUGUAAAUAUUUCAUUUCUUUAAAGCAUGCAAUGUUGACUCGUGUUCAUGCACAUAUUGACUGUUCAUACAUUUAUAUACAUUAAUAUGUUUCAAAUCAGAAUGAAAUGUACAGAAGAUAUUAAAUGCUUAUUCUUGUAA